UCUCCACGUCAAGCAACCCCAGUAAAACAAGUAACAUAUUCCGAGUUUGCUUUGGAGCGAGAUGUGUCAGAUAUAUUUUUCACAGAGGGAGAGAGAGGAGUAGCGACUGAAAAACUCAUCACCAGGAGGCAACAAAGAUUGAAUGCAGCAACUGCAAAGUAUUCUAGACACCGAACACAUUUGAUAGCAACACGCACCCUGAGCUUGGAAAAGUCUAGACCACAUUUCAUUUGUCUUUAUCAAUUUGUCUUUACCUUCGUCAAAGGAAACUGUGUCCAAGAUGAAUCAAACAGCCUGCGUCUCUCAUCAAAUACCAUGCCAGUCAUCUAAGGAUAUGGACUUUGUGCAAGUAAGCCCUGAAUCGAGGAACUACAAAGGAAUAGCCAUCUCCCUGCUGGUCAUAGUGGCAGUUUGCUCCCUCAUCACCAUGUCUGUCUUUGUUCUCACACCAGUGGAACUUCCUGGUGCGGCUAACUCCAGACUUACUGUGCUGGACCUGUUCAAACCAGAGUUCUCGGUACACGAUCCUGAGGCCAGGUGGAUAAGUGAUUCAGAGGUUUUGUACAGGAACCGAGACGGCCACGUCAUCAAGUUCAACUUUGCUUUAAACGAAACAGAAAUGAUCCUGAGAAAUAGCACAUUUGUGUCUUUCAAAGUAGCCAAAUAUUCUCUCUCUCCAGACAUGAAAUAUGUGCUGUUUGCUUACGAAGUGAAACAGGUGUAUAGACACUCCUAUACGGCGUCGUACAUUGUUUACAACAUCCACACAAGGGAGGUGUGGGAGUUGAAUCCUCCGGAGGUCCAGAAUGCAGUGCUCCAGCAUGCAGCGUGGGGUGUGAAGGGACAGCAGCUGAUCUACAUCUUUGAAAACAACAUCUAUUACCAAUCAGAUGUGCAGAGCAAUUCUCUUAGGAUUACUUCGUCGGGAGAGGAAGGAGUCAUAUUUAAUGGAAUCGCAGACUGGCUGUAUGAAGAGGAGAUUCUGCAGUCACACAUUGUCCACUGGUGGUCACCUGACGGAGAGAGACUGGCCUUCCUCAUGAUCAACGAUACCCUGGUACCCAACAUGUUCCUGCCCCGGUUCACUGGCAGCCCCUACCCCAGAUCACAGGAGUACCCAUACCCCAAGGCUGGCCAGCCCAAUCCUACAGUCAGGCUGUUGGUGGUGAACCUGUACGGCCCCACACACACUCAGGAGCUGGUACCACCUGAUGGCUUGAAAGGAAGAGAACACUAUGUGAGUAUGGUGAAGUGGAUCAGCAACACCCAUGCAGCGGUUCGAUGGCUCAACCGGCCCCAGAACGGGUCCUUCAUCACUGUGUGUGAUGCCACCGUUGGAUCCUGUGUACAGGUGGGUUUUUCCUUCACCUACACUAAGAUGGUCCUCACUAGAAAUGGGUUUUAUUGGUGUCGUCAGUGUCGUACUCCAUGUUUGGAUCUAAGACGUGUUCCUUCACUUGAAUUUCAGAAACAUGAGGAAGCUUCAGAUCUCUGGCUCACCAGACAGAACCAGGAGCCAGUGUUUUCAAAGGACGGGAGUAGGUUUUUCCUGACCAUACCGGUGAAGCAGGGGGGACAAGGAGACUUCCAUCAUAUUGCCAUGUUCACCAAAUCGUUCAGAAGUGAUCAAAAUGAUGCCCGUCACUUGACGUCAGGCAACUGGGAGGUCACCAAGAUAUUAGCCUAUGAUGAGGGGGAGCAAACCAUAUAUUUUAUCGGUACUCAAGACUCCCCACAAAAGAGACACGUGUACAGUGCGUCUACUAUUGGUCUGUUCUCUCAACGAUGUUUGACCUGUGAGAUGAACCAGGAAGCAUGCACGUUCUUUGAUGCAGACAUCAGCCCGAACAAACAGCAUGUUAUUCUACAGUGUAAAGGUCCCGGUGCUCCAUCUGUGAUGCUGCAGAGUUUUAAUGAUGUAAACACUUACUUUAUAUUGGACAACAACAUGCCUCUGAGAGCUGCCUUGGAAAUCAAAAAGAUCUCUAAGUCAGAUGUCAGGGUUAUUCCAAGUGAAGACUUUGAGCUGCCUUUGAAACUCACCUAUCCCCUUGACUUUUCUGAAUCUCUUCUCUAUGGCCUUCUUUUGAUUGUUGAUGGUGGGCCUGGCAGUCAGUCGGUGAGUGAUGAGUAUGAGCUGGGUUGGGACUCGGUGCUGGUCAGUUGUGAUGAGGUGAUUGUGGCCAGGCUGGAUGGCAGGGGGACAGGCUUCCGGGGCCUGAGAGUCCUGCAGCAGGUCCACCAGCGCCUGGGUACCGUGGAUGUUCAGGACCAGAUAGCUGCAUUGGAAUACUUGAUGACACUCCCAUACAUUGACCGCGCGCGGAUCGGAAUCUACGGAAAGGGAUACGGUGCUUACCUCACCUUGAUGCUUCUGAGGUCCACUGCGCUGAUUAAGUGUGCAGCUGCUAAUUCCCCAGUGGUUGACUGGAAACUUUACGCUUCGGCAUUUUCAGAGCGGUACUUUGGCCUGACUUCAAAGAACGACAACAGAUAUCAAGUUUCUAGAGUGCUUCCAAAUAUGAAAGGACUGCAAGGAAACAUGAUGAAAGGACCCCAAGGACCGGAUUUUCUGUUGAUUCACGGAACAGCUGAUGCAAAUGUUCAUUUCCAACAUUCAGCGGAGUUGAUUAAGCACUUGAUCAAAGUUGGAGCGAACUACACAAUGCAGCUUUACCCAGACGAGGGCCACUUCCUGUCCCUGCAGAGCCAACAGCACCUGUCUGAGUCCCUGGUUGGCUACUUCAGAACAUGUUUUCAGGACUUCAGCACACCGCUACCUGAAGAGAUAGGCAAAGAGGAUGAUGACUGACAGGGUUGGGGUUAGAUGGUGACUGACAGGUUUAGGGUUAGAUGAUGACUGACAGGGUUAGGUUUAGAUGGUGACUGACAGGAGGACGUGCAGACGGGCCGUGUGUGGAUCUGGGAUCGCUAUGUUGAAGCAGUACAGUGACUGCUCUGCCCUCGCGAGGGCUGUUGGCUGUUGAUUAGGUGUCCAAUGUAGGCAAGACAUAGCUGAUGUGGGGUAAUGUGGUGUGUGUGUGUGUGUGUUUGGUGUGUGCGUGCGUGCGUGCUUGCAAAAUGCAGGACUACAGAUCACGGAGGCUUUCUAUUGGUAGAACAGCACAAUGGUUGAUGGACAAAAUCUGAGAGUUAAAUGUUAUUUUUGACAUUUUUUUAAUUCCACUCAGUGAUACACUGGUUUCUCCCUUCACAGCGUUUACCAUCAGCUGUAUCGUUAUACUGUGAAAGCAUGCUUUUGUUGAAGCCCACGUUUAUCCACAUUAUUCCAAUUGUACUAAGCAUCAUCAAACACAACUCUACCGCUUUCCGUCUGUCUUAUCCCAUUCCUAUCUGUGCACUAAUAAUGCUUCAAUUUUACUUUCAGUUGCUGACAUGCACACAUAUUAGGUGACGUUACAUACGAUAUAGCGCCAUAUUAUUUGAUAAAGUGCUAUUUUUCAUGUCUUUAUGAUACGCUGUUUUCAGCUGUACGUUUACAGUAUACAGUGUGUAUAUUUUUGAGAUGUGUGUUACAGGGGGUGAUCUAUUCGAAUAUUGUGUGAAUGAGUAGUCUUUGUUUUUGCUGCGGUUUGUUACACUUCAGAUUAAUAGCCAUUGUCUUUGGAUUCAUUGAACAAUAAAGAACUUAAGAAAA